AUGACCGCCACCACAGCCCAUGGGCCACGGUCCCUCGACCCGCUGCCGGCAAGUGAGCUGCCCGACUACCAUCCUCUCAAGCUUUUCGCAAAGGACAUGACAGAGUUCUUCCAGGCGUAUGGCAGCGCCAAUGGUCUCAACGACUUUACAGCCUCUAUGGGCGUCAUCACCGACUAUGCGGCCUUUCAGAAUGGCUACACAACUCUCAACGAAGACAUCCUUACUUCCGAGAACAAGAUUGAGCAGUACAACCGCUUCGCCGAACUUGUGGCCCUGAUUGGCAACAUGUACGAGUCGGCCUUUCUCCAGAUGGAAGGCCCCGGUUCUACGGCGGCACAGCAUGUGCGCCAAAUCACCGAUAUUCACACCCGCGGCCUUCUUGGCGAGAAGGAUCUCGUUACUCGCAAAUGGGAGAAUGACCGUCGCCUGUGUGAAGACUAUCCCACUUGGCUGGUGGUGAGGCACAUUCGAACGCUCCUUGACGAGAGGAAAGGGCAAUUCCGCUUCUACAACAAGACCAUCGGCCUCGCUGCUCCGUUCUUAAACAAGCGCAAGCCGUCUGGGCGAGAGGGACCCAAGAUUCCACCUUCCAAGGCUCCCUACCAGCCGUCUCAUCCGCCUUCUCGUCGCGCGCCACCACCAACAGCCACAAAUGCAACAAAGAGUCAAGUGCCUCGCAGCACGUCCAGCCAAGCCGUUCCCAUCAAGGUCCCCUUUCCCUUUCCCUUUCCCGAGAUGAAGCGGUCUCCCAACCCGCUGCCGGAGCCUGAUAUUGCCGCCGAUCGUGCACGUCUACUCUUUGAAGAGUUCCUCGAGGAACUUGCUGUACCCGACUGGUUUGGCAAGUCUGGUAACUCUGCCGACACCGUGUUCGCCGAGCUGGCCGCGUACAUCCUCGCUGCCGACACCCAUCGCAAGCUCCGCGGCAUCAGCCUGAGAAAGCUCCUGGUUGAGAAGAUCUCUGCUGAGCGUCGCCACUUGGCAGCUGAACAGCGCCGUCCCAAGCUCCAGGCAGGUCCUAUCACACUGCCCCACAGCUAUGUCCCCUAUUCCCCGUCAAUACCAGGUACUACAUGGCUGCAGCCCCCGGGACCUCCCGACUACCAUCCGCCCAGCGCCAAUCGUGAUUACCUCAACUUUGACAGUGAUAACACCCAGUUACUCACCACCUCGGGCUCUGGAUAUGGUCCCAACUCGGAAGAAUGGCCGCCCGAGCGCCCCAUGACCCUCGGCAAGGCUGAGCGGUGCAUCCGUGGUCCUUCGGACGAAUACAUCGUCACCGACGUCAUGGGCUCGAUGGAUGACCGCCGGCGCGACAAGGAGCUCCUCGGAAGUCCCACAGCGCUAGAGACAAACCACCGGUACCAGCCUUAUGUCCAAAUGAGCCAUGAUCGUCGUCAGUGGGAGGAAGAGCAACAACGUCACACCCUCGCCCCCGUCGUUGACCCCUCGCGGUUCCAAGAAGUAUCACGUUCCUCCAACGGUGGUAGCCACUACUCGCAUCGCGGCAGUGCUACCUCAAAGUUGUCCGCCUACAAGGCCGUCCCUGUCAAAGCCAAGGUUGCCCCGGGUGCCUCGAGCUGGUCCGCUCGAGUUUCCACCGCUCCAUCUGCGUCUGACAAGCCGCUCCCUUCCACGCCUAAUGGCCUCCGCCCUUCCUCCAGGGUUGCCACCGCCACCUCUAGCCAGAGACACUCCCGCAAGUCUUCUAUCGCCGGCACGCCACCGGACAACAAAGCAGACAGCAACGUCCAUGUUGACCCCCACACUGCCCGAUCCCCUCGUCCCAGACCCAUCUCAUCCGAGGCGGCGAGUACCGGUGGUCCAAACGUCGUCCUUCAGCUUCCUACGCCACACAAAAGGCAUGGCACGGUCGCCAGCGACAACGCUACGGACAACAGGUCACACCGGUCUUCCCGUCACUCGCGCUCUGCUUCCUCCCACCUCCCCUCGGGUCGUGGCAGUUUAUCGAGUUUCCACAAAAAGGACGCGCCGACAACCCUGCACCCCGCCGAGCAGCUGCUGCAGCCUGGCAACUCGCGUCCUCAUAGCCGUGCCAACUCGACUCGCUCCGCGGGAUCGGCGCGCAGCGUGACUCGACCGACGCCUGCUGCGUCUGUGAAGCAGAGACACUCCCCAGCCGGCUCACUCCACCCUUCAGUCGACCAGGACCCGGUCUUUCGGCCAAUCAGCCCACACCCCUCUGUCCACGGCUCCUCCCGCUCUGCCACCCCGUCUCCACAAGCCAUGACUGAGGAGCGUAUGUUGGCCCUUCUCGCGGCAUCCACGGCCUCACCCAGUGCCCCGCUACACGAGGACGCGGUGGUCAGGAUGCACCAGAUUUCGCUACAGCUUAUCAAACUCCUCACCAAACACUCGGUCCCAGUCACCGAUGCGAACAUCGACAGCAUAAUGGAAUGGGCACAGUAUGCCGUGGAGGCCGGUGCCACCACCUUUGCCGACCUCAACAACCUCCCUGACUGGUUGGGUGUCGGCGAACAUGAGCAGCAGGCUGGCCCUGUUGCUGCGACCGCCUGA